AUGUCUUCCGUGAAACGGAGGAAGACUGAGAAAGAUGCAUCUUCGGGCUCAAAUUCGAAGCAAGCAAAAGAGUCAAAAAAGACCUCCCCAUUACCUUCCCCAGAGCCAGUUGAGGAGACCAAGAACAAUGAUGUAGAGGAUGCGACGGAAGAAGUGGCAGAGGAAGUGACGGAAGAAGUGGAGGUUAUAAAGUCCUUUAAAGAUUUGGGUAUCGUCGACUCUUUAUGCGAAGCAUGCGACACCUUGGGUUAUAAAGCUCCAACUCCUAUCCAAAGGGAAUCUAUACCGCCCGCACUUCUAGGGAGAGAUUUGAUUGGUUUGGCGGAAACGGGAAGUGGAAAAACAGCCGCGUUUGCUCUGCCAAUUCUCCAAUCUCUACUCGAUAAACCACAACCUCUCUUUGGAUUAGUUUUAGCACCCACUCGCGAACUUGCAUACCAAAUUUCUCAGGCAUUCGAGGCUCUCGGAUCUGUAAUAAGAGUAAAAUGUGCGGUCAUAGUAGGAGGAAUGGACAUGGUUCCACAGGCAAUUGCUUUGGGUAAAAAACCUCACAUCAUAGUUGCCACUCCUGGUCGUCUUCUCGAUCAUUUAGAGAAUACGAAAGGGUUCUCAUUGAGGUCGCUAAAGUAUCUGGUUAUGGACGAAGCCGAUAGAUUACUUGACCUCGAUUUCGGACCAAUUCUCGACAAAAUUCUCAAAGUUCUACCUCGAGAGCGACGAACGUAUCUCUUUUCCGCCACUAUCAGCUCCAAAAUCGAAAGUCUUCAGCGAGCAAGUUUGAAAGAUCCGCUCCGAGUAAGUAUCAGCAGCAACAAAUACCAGACUGUCUCGACUCUCAUUCAAAACUACAUAUUCAUACCAUUGGUUCACAAAGACACAUACUUGAUCUACCUGUUGAAUGAGUUUGCGGGUCAAUCCGCCAUUAUUUUCACACGAACAGUCAACGAGACACAGAGAGUAGCAAUCUUACUACGAACCCUUGGAUUCGGGGCCAUUCCGCUACAUGGACAGCUUUCACAGUCUUCUCGCUUGGGUGCCCUGAAUAAAUUCCGUGCAGGUUCAAGAGAAAUUCUUGUUGCAACCGAUGUCGCUGCUCGUGGUUUGGAUAUUCCUUCCGUUGAUGUUGUGUUGAACUACGACAUGCCACAAGAUAGUAAAACAUAUAUUCAUAGAGUUGGACGAACUGCUCGUGCAGGAAAGUCCGGACAUGCGAUUAGUUUCGUCACGCAAUAUGAUGUGGAAAUUUGGAUGCGCAUUGAAGCAGCAUUAGGAAAGAAGCAGGACGAAUUCCCUACUGUGAAGGAAGAAGUACUGGUAUUUAAGCCUAGAGUGGAAGAAGCCCAGAGGCACGCUAGGAAUGAAAUGAAGAAUUUGCAUGAAGAUAGAGGCAAUAAGGGUGCAGUCUUAAAAGGAAGACGACCUGCCAAUGGUGCUAAGAGAGGUCGUGAUGGGAUGGAUAAGGAAGAAGGCUAG